AUGGCUAACCAGUCAGAGGCUUCUGGAGUUCAUUUCAAUGACUUUGUUCCAUUACCUUUCAGAAUAUUGUUCAUAAUACAGUUGGGUGUCUAUUUAUGGUACUCAAUAAUAUACUUGUGCACAUUCUAUUCACGGCUCAAUAUCUUAGAAUUAUUGAAUUUAUCGUACUCGAGUCAUAAUUAUACACAAUUGGAUCGACGCCUACCAAGUACAGGUGAGUAUGAAACCACAUUACCGGCAGAACGGAUUGAAAAUCAACUUUUAUUAAAGGGAGUUUGGACUACCCUCCGAUCCAUAACUCUUUAUAAUUUUGUGGGAUACUGUUUAUACUUAGUGAUUCAAUUGAAAUAUGAUGAUCCUGAACAAGGAAAACAGAAUGCAAUAGUUUCAUUCUUGUACAAGAUGAUUCCUGUUGUAGUGUUUUUGUACCUAUUUUUCAAAGUUUUCUACCUGUCUGGGUCGAAGGCUAAUGCCAAAUCAGUUGGACAAUACCGUGUCUAUACAACUAUAAAAAGAAUUUUAUUGGGAAGGAUUAAUUCAACUACAAUGAGGACUAACGAUAUUUUAAUAUCGGAUACUUUGACGUCCUACGGCAAAGUCAUAAAUGAUUUUGGCUUAUUUGUAUGGGCCAACUACUACAAAUCCGAAAGUCCAUACAAUAUUAAACUCGAAUUCAUAAUAUUAUGCAUUCCUACAUUCAUUCGUAUAAAGCAAUGUUGGUAUGAAUACUCAAGUACUAAGAAUUUGCUGCAUUUCUUUAACAUGACCAAGUAUUCCACAGCCAUCGGCCCUUUAAUCAUUAAUUUAUUAAUUAAAAUGACAUUACAAACCUUAUCUCCUGAUAAUAAUGAACAACUCAAAGAAGAUGAAGUAUUGAUCAGAUUAACCAAACUUAAUGCCUGGUGGUAUUUCUGCUCGGUUUUAAAUUCUACAUACACGUUUAUUUGGGACGUAAAAAUGGAUUGGGGCUUUGGAUUAUUUGAUAUCUUCUUUAAAGCGAACAAAAUACGAAAUUAUACUCUUUUAAGGCCCUCUCAUCAACUCAUAUACGGGAACAUUUUUGGGUAUUAUUGCGUCAUUUUAAUUGACUUCAUAUUGAGAUUUCUUUGGAUUUUUAGGCUUUUUAUUACAAACGAAGUGGAGAAUCGCUUCAUGGUUAAUAAAUUGGGUGCAUUCUUAUUUGGCUCCGAUUCGUUUUCCUUGGGAUAUGUAGUGGUUGAAGUUCUAGAAAUCCUCAGAAGAUGGUUGUGGUGUUUUAUCAAAUUAGAGAGUGAUUGGGUCAAAUUGCAAGUGACCAUCAACCCGGAUAUCGAAAUGACAAAUAUAGACAAGAGAGAUACAUAA